AUGACUAUCGUCCACAUCGUUCUAUUCAAGUUCCGACCCGAAACGGAAACCAGCGUCAGAGACAAAUUCAUCACCGAACUCAAGACCCUAAAAAACCUACCCUGCGUCAAAAGCCAUCGACUCGUCGUCGGAGGUCCCUCGAUAACAGAUCCCGCGUCAAAAAGCAAGGGAUUCCAGUAUGCGCUGGUGAGCUACCACGAAGAUCGGGCGGCGCUGGAUGCGUAUCAAGCAAGUAGUGAGCAUGAAAGGGUGACGCAUACGUAUUUCAUUCCUUAUCGGGAGGAUCUUGUGCGCUUUGAUUUUGAGGUUGAGAAUGAGGAUGAGGGAUUGCUGGGAUUUGGAGGCUUUGCUGGACCGAGC